UUUGCAAAAUGGCGACCUGUAAUACGGAAGACAGUGUUGAUUUACUUGCUUUUGUUGAGGAUGCUGGUGGUGGAGGGACAUCUCUAUGGGACCCUGGUUUAAGCAGUGAUUGGGAUCAAGAGAAACCAUCAAAUCAGUGUAUCCUCAGAAUUAAACGUGAUAUAAUGACAAUAUAUAAUGAACCACCACCUGGGAUGUGUAUAGUACCUGACAAGGAUGAUCUCACCAAGAUUCAUGCCUUGAUAACUGGACCAUUUGACACACCAUAUGAAGGUGGCUAUUUCUACUUUAUGAUUCGAUGUCCACCAGAUUAUCCUAUUAGAGCACCUAGGGUCAAGUUACAGACCACAGGGGAAGGAAAGGUCAGAUUCAAUCCAAACCUUUACAAAAAUGGGAAAGUUUGUCUCAGCAUUAUUGGGACAUGGUCUGGUCCAGCAUGGAGCCCUGCUCAGAGUCUUUCAAGUGUUUUAAUAUCAAUACAAUCAUUACUUAAUGAAAAACCAUACCACAAUGAACCAGGAUUUCAAACUGAGAGAAAUGCAGGGGAUGCAAAACGUUACAAUGACAUAAUACGACAUGAAACAUUACGUGUAGCUGUCUGUGAUAUGCUAGAGGGGAGAUGUAUGUGUCCUGAUGCCCUCAGAGAGGUGAUGGAGAAAUCUUUCCCAGAUUACUACGAUUAUUAUGAGAGUAUAUGUAAAAGUAACCUUCAUCAACAAGGUGAAACUAUGCAGGACCCUUUUGGUGAAAGACGUGGAACUUUUGACUAUGAAUCAAUUCUUAAAAGACUAGAAAAAAUAAAAGCAACGUUAAGUGAGAAACAGACUGUUAGUUCGGAAGAGGAAUCAUCUGAUACUGACAUGGAAUCUACGUCCACCGAAAGAUGACGACAACCUCCAGUAAUAGGUGUACUAUGUCAAUGUGAUGUCAAAACUUUUAUAGCAAUUUUAUGUUGUUUUUUUUCUUGUUGUUAUGAUAAAUUUAACAGUUGUUGUUAUUGUAUAAAGAUAGUUACAGGAUUCUUUAUGAGAAUAUUGUGCUUUAAAGCCACCUUCAGCUUUUUUUUUUUUUUUGGAAAAACAAUUCUGUGUUGUUUCAAUUGAAGUAUUUCAGUAAAUUUUUCUUCGAAAAAAAGCAUCAUAUCACUGUCAAGGUCUUUUUCAAAACAGCGUCCCGAAAGUUUUGUAUAAAGCAUCAGUGACGUUUGUUUUUAAAAACAGAAAUUUGGGAAAUGAAUCUUCUGCUUUACUAAAGUAAAGUGUGGAUU